AUGGAGGGGGAGUGCCCCGCCGCUCCGACGCGCCGCUGGGCGGAGAACGUGAUCGUGCUGUCCUCGGGGAGGCCGCCGCGGUCGGAGGAGGCGGCGGUGGUGGCGGGGCAGGGGCAGCACCAGCGCACGGAUGCGCCGCCGGAGAAGCUCUACUACAAGACCAGGCUCUGCGACAAGUACGAGGCCACCGGCCGCUGCGUGUACGAGGACGGUUGCACCUUCGCGCACGGCCGCGCCGAGCUGCGCCCGCCGGUCCCUCCCCACGCCCACGCCGUUUGGCGCAGGCCGCCCGACCAGGAGCACGGCGGCAGGAUCGUCUACGGCGGCGGCAAGGCGUGCCACAACUUCAGGGACAGGGGCCAUUUCGGGGACAAGCUCGCCUCCCCCCACGCCGCCGCGCCGGCACCACCUGGUCACCCGAUUCGCAUCACCGGGGACCAGAAGCUGCUGGCGGACGAGCGGAGGAGCGCCACGCCGCCCGCGAUGCCACCCGCAGCGCCGCGCUACGCUGCUCUGGGCCCCGCCAGGGCGUUUCCGCCGGUGCCUGCCCCGGCCACGCGUGAUCGUCUUCGCCAGAUGCCCGAGGAGGACGGUGGCAAAAAGCCCAACAGGCUGAUGCUCAUGAGCCUCCGGAAGACCAGCGGCAUCUACGGCGACUGGCCGGAGCAGUGCUGA